AUGUUCCGCGUGACCAACUGCAAGGCCGUCGGCGCGAGCAAGGGCCUGCUGGCCUCCGCCGGCAGCACCACGGUCAGCGGCAAGUCCGUCUACCUUGUCUCCGACAGCUCCGUCAAGUCCACCGCCUUGUUCUCCUCCCUGAGCGGCAUCGAGGACUCCAGCGAGCCGUACUCCUUUACCGUGUCUGGCGGCUCGACCGUGUCCUUCCUCAACCUGGAGGCGCCCUCCACCGGUUUUACCAACCAGGACACCCUCAGCCCCUCGGCAGACUCGCAAGUCAUCGGCGGCGGCUGCGUCAUCAAGGGCGUGGCGCUCAACACCGCCGAAGUGUACAAGAGCAACGGUCUCGCGGUGACGACCGUCGUCAACCGCCAGGGCGCAAGCGGCGGGACCUGCGCCAACGCCAAGUGUAUCCCCGGCAACACCGGAGCAGGCGCCGCCGUCUCCGGCACCGACCCCUGCACCUGCCAGUGCUCCUCCAUGGACUACAACCCGCCCUCCUGCUCGACCAUCGUCGACCCCACGCAGAACUACAACCCCACGGACGUGUGCGUCGUGCCCAACUGCCUCACCUGCGACCGCCUCAGCCCCUCCACACGCUGCACGCAGUGCGCCACGGGCUACAUCCUCACCAGCGACCAGCGGUGCAUCCUCCCCACCACCAGACCACCCGACUGCAACGUCCCUUACUGCACCCAGUGCGUCACCGGCAGCGGUUCCCGCUGCAGCACGUGCCGCUACGGCUACACCUCGGUCAACGGUGCCUGCAUCGCCAACGCCAACGCCGCCGCCGGCGCGCACACCGUCGCCCUCGCCGCGGUCGUCUGCGUCGCCGCCGCCCUGUACGCCCUUUAG